AUGGUUGAUCCGGUAGGAACGACACUUGGAGCUGCCUCGCUGGCGCUGCAAUUGCUUGAUGGCUGUGUCAAAGGCUACCGAUACUUCAUUGCGGCCGCUGGCAUGCCUGAAGAUUGCCGGUACAUGCGGAUCCGACUCCAAAUCGAGUACGCCCGGCUGUUGGAUUGGUGUGAGGUUGCAGGCCUGCCUGAGAGCUUGAAAGUAGACACGGCUGUCUUGCUUGCUGUCCUCAAAGAAAUCCGCGAAUCGAUGGAAGAAUUGGCAAAACUCAGCGGCAAAUAUAUCGAGCUGAAACCUGAAAAGCAUGCUGCGACCGAGAAGUCAGCCAUAGAGCUUGAUUUGCUCGAAGAAUUUUCCCACAUAACACUUUCUUAUGACAAGAAGGGUGGCCACCGCAAGUACACUCGCGGCUUGAAUAGCAUCGCACGCGGAACCAGCAUGGCCAGUAACAUCGCGAGGAACCCAAAGAGGCUGCAAUGGAUCGCCUUUGACAAAGAUGCGUUCUUGAAGCUGCUGGGGAGAUUGACCGAGUUUAACGAUCACCUGUAUGAGCUGAUGCAUGGACACCAAGCGAGAGCACUUGAACUUGCGACGCAAAAAAGCUACCUUGAGAUGGUACAAAUGCGCGCUUCAGUCGAAGAGCUCAAGCACCUCGUAACAGCAGCAAUGUUGCUGCAAGAGCACGAUUCAGCCGAGUUCUCGAGUGCCCCUACCAGACGCCGCAACGAGAAAGCGUUAGCAUCUCUUGCUGAUUUCAAACGUCUCAAUGCCACCUUCGACGAGCUUCCUCGCCAACACUCCAAGUCUCGCGAGCAAGUCACGAGGUCUUCUCAAUUGACUUAUUCACAAGUCUUUUAUGACGGAGACACCGCCCCCACUCUCUCAGUGGACGGCAGAAUCCAUGCCGAGGGGAAGCUGUUUCUUGGCGACGGUACGGAACACUAUGUCUGGAUCGAAUGGAAGAGGUACAAGACCAAGUAUAGUCGACGUCUCGAGAAGCAUGUGCCUCUACCAGAGAACCUCAAACGCGUCAAGGAGCUCGUUUCUCUUCUGCAGUCUGACAAACCAAAACAGUUCUGUGCGCCCCAGUGCCUCGGCUUCUUUGACGAUCGUGACGAUAUCAAAGACAGUCAACAUGACGCCCGGUUUGGCCUCGUGUUCAAAAAGCCGGACAAGAGCAGCUUGCCAGUGUCACUGCGUCAAAUGAUCUCCAAAGAACCCAAAGCAUCAUUGACAGACCGAGUCUCAUUAGCCCACGGAAUCAGCACCUGCGUUCUAUACCUUCAUGCGGUCAACUGGCUGCACAAAGGGCUAAGAAGCGACAGCGUCAUGUUCUUACCAGGAGACCUCAGCGGUGAUGCAUCAGCAAUUGAUCAGCCACAUGUGACGGGCUUUGAAUACGCUAGACCCGAUAGAGAUGGCGAAACUACCACCAGUGGAAUGGAAGUCAAUGACUACGUGAUGCUCUAUGUGCAUCCAGAUUACCAGGGCUCUGACGCCAAAGGCACCUACCGGAAAACCUUCGACAUCUACAGUCUUGGCAUCAUAUUGCUGGAGAUUGCUUACUGGAAGCCCAUCGACAACAUCCUAGGUAUUGACAUGAACAAUGCUACUCCUGCCCAACUCAAGGGCAUCCGGGGCCGAUUGCUGCAACCUGGCUCAGAUUAUCUGGCCCAUCUGAAGGCCAACCUUGGUGAUAGAUACUGCACUGCCGUCAAGAGCUGCAUCGACGGAUGUCCUACUUUUGGUGUCGAUGUUGAUGAAAGUGAGGUCGAUGUUCAGACCGGAGCAAAGCUACAGCACAGCUUCACUACGCUCGUCGUUGAUGCUUUGGACAGUGUGCAUUUCGGAAACGAGUAUGUCAUCCAUAGUGCUCGGAUAUCAAAUUCCCACGGGCUCACUCAAGGCCCAUCCAAUGGCUCGGGACAAGGGACAAGUGACUGCGACGAACCCUCUGCGGAACCCUCACUAGCAACCAUCGAUGACGAUGAUCCCUGGGAUAGAAAGACCUUAUUGAGCCUAGAUGGGGGCGGGGUAAGGGGAUACAGUUCGCUUUUGAUACUGCAAAGGCUCAUGAAAGAGAUUGGAAAGCUUGAGAUGGAAAGUGAUUCUGGAGCAAUAUCGAGCGCAUACUCUCCUUUGGUGGAUUGUCUGCCAGACGUACCUCUCGCAGCGUCACCCAAUGGAACAAGACCUGCACUGGAGUACCUCCCGUGCCAUUAUUUCGAUUAUGUUGGGGGGGCGAGUACUGGUGGAUUGCUUGCAAUCAUGCUGGGCAGACUGCGAAUGAGCGUGGACGAAGCGAUAAUGGAGUAUAAAGAGCUCUCUGCGAAUGUUUUCGAGAAGCCAUCUUCUCGACUGAAGAGGUUUCUGACGAAGUAUGACAGCACGGUAAGGAAGGAGAAACUCAAGGGUCAAUUCGACGCCCUGAAGUCCACAAGACCUAGCCCCCAAGAGGAAAGCAAUCAGUUCAAAUCAGACCGAGACCGAUGCAGAACGAUAGUGUGCUCCAUCAAGAGCAGCGAAAACAACAAUUUCCAGACACCCUUCCUAUUCCGUUCAUACGACCGCAAAAUGUCAUAUAGUACACCGUUCGAUAGAAACCCGGGCGAUCCAAAUACGUUCGCCAUCUGGGAAGUCGCGCGAGCGACUUCAGCCGCUCCUUCCUAUUUCAAGUCCGUACGCUUGUUUCAGGCACGAUACUAUGAUGCCGCAGUAAAUCUAAACAAUCCGAGCUGGGAAGUACUCAACGAGGUCAAUCUGCUUGCGGACAAGUCUCAGGAUCCCAUUGAUCUUCUGUUGAGCAUUGGUGGCGGAAACGCGAAAGCAAACAAUCCCAAAGUCAAAUUUGGCAACGAUACCCUGCUGCAAGACCUAACCGACAUCUCUGAUGUCGUGCACAAAAAGGUCGAGUACGAGAGAGAACGACAGCUGUUUGAUUAUUAUCGUUUCGAUGUGAAGGAAGGCCUUCAGGAAGUCCACAUGAACGAGUGGAAGCCCAAGCCGAGCGGCUCAAUCACGCUGAAGCGGAUUCAAGAGGCGACUAGUAAAUACCUAGAACACAAGAAAGUCAGCUAUCGCAUCCAAGAAUGCGCGAAAAGACUGGUCGAGAAACGGGCGCAAAGAGCACAGACAAUGCGGUGGGAGCGCUUUGCAACAGGUAUAAGCAUGACCAGGCUCCUCCAGACGCAGAUCACUACCGGCUUGUACAAAGUUUGCUUGAUCGAGGAAGAACUAAUAGUGAUUGACGAGAACAAUGCAGACUACAAACGCCUUAGGAUCAGCUAUCCCUUCGCAAAAACAGGCUCGGGACAGAUCGAAUACGAAAGGAAUGCCCGUGCCAUACCUGUCAAUGAUAAUGGGGAACGUGCUCCGUUACCUCAUGGUCCGUGGAAAUGCCGUGCGCUGUCUUUGUGCUUGCAACGGUCUGGUAUCAUCCUGCCAGCUUGCCACUGUGCCUUCAUGAUGGCUUGGUCGCUUGUAAGACACGCGUGCAAGCCAAAGGAACAGGUCCACAUAGAUUGUACAAUAUGGUCGAUUGCACUCCAAGAAUGCCAAUGGUCUUUAAGCCAUUUCGCGCAUGCUCGUGACCUGCCAUCAAGAGUAUCAAACACCCUUCUGGGCCAUUAUGCUCAAGCUGCUUAG